GAGCCCUCGGAUAAAUACAGCCGCGGCCGCUGCGAGGACACGGACACGGAUCGGAGCGACGGUCGUACAACCCCCUCCCCCAGCCACGCAACUGGGGACCCCCCCUCCCCGGCGCGCCCCUUCCAGGCUCCGUAGGGACCGGGAAAGCUCCUUGGUAGAGCUCCCCGCGCCGCGAUGCCUUUUCUGGGGCAGGACUGGAGGUCCCCGGGGCAGAACUGGGUGAAGACGGCGGAUGGCUGGACCAGGUUCCUGGAGGAGAGACACAGCGGCUAUGUCAGUGAUAUAAACAGUUACUGCAAAAAGGAGGAUUACAACAAGGAGAAUCUCUUCAACAGCAUGAACUAUGAUGUUGCUGCCAAGAAGAGAAAGAAGGACCUGCUGAAUAACAAGACAAAGAUCCAGUAUUUCCAUCAAGAAAAAUGGAUUUAUGUCCACAAGGGAAGCACAAAAGAACGUCAUGGCUACUGCACCUUGGGAGAAGCUUUUAACAGACUUGACUUCUCAAAUGCUAUCCUAGACUCCAGACGGUUCAACUAUGUUGUAAGGCUGUUGGAGCUGAUAGCAAAGUCUCAGCUAACAUCACUGAGUGGAAUCGCCCAGAAAAACUUCAUGAACAUUUUGGAAAAAGUGGUGCAGAAAGUCCUUGAAGAUCAGCAGAACAUCAGGCUAAUAAGGGAAUUGCUGCAGACUCUCUACACGUCACUGUGCACCCUGGUGCAAAGGGUUGGCAAGUCUGUUCUGGUUGGAAACAUCAACAUGUGGGUACACAGAAUGGAGACUAUUCUUCACUGGCAACAGCAACUGAACAGCAUCCAAAUCACAAGACCUGCCUUUAAAGGAAUGACCUUUACGGACCUGCCGUUGUGUUUACAAUUAAACAUCAUGCAGCGGCUAACUGAUGGAAGAGACCUUGUCAGCCUUGGGCAAGUGGCCCCUGAACUGCAAGUGCUCAGUGAGGACCGGCUGCUGUGGAAAAAGCUCUGCCAAUACCAUUUCACAGACCGACAGAUUCGUAAACGGAUAAUCUUAUCUGAGAAGGGGUUGCUGGAUUGGAAGAAGAUGUACUUUAAACUUAUAAGGUGUUACCCGAGGAAAGAGCAGUAUGGAGACACACUGCAGCUCUGCAGACAUUGCCACAUCCUCUCCUGGAAGGGUACUGAUCAUCCUUGCACAGCCAACAACCCAGAGAGCUGCUCCACUUCUCUUUCCCCCCAAGACUUUAUCAACUUGUUCAGAUUCUGAACCCUGGUUCUUCACAGCAUAUCCUGUUCUUACAAGACACUUGAUAGCGCUCAGCUUGGACACUGAACUUGUAAAUAGUGUAAAUGUUGAUGUUUGUUUGAAGUUCCUGAGUCAAGCAAACAAGAGGAUCUUAGAGACGAAAGGUGAAAUUGCUCGUUGACAUGGACUUCUAACAAGACUGGUGUGUAUAGGCAAUAUUGUAAAAAGUCACCUUUUUAUUAUCCGAGUACAAGAUACAGGGCAGACAUUUCUUUCUGUUUAGAAGUUAAAACUGAAUUUGCCCCAUGGCCCUUUAAAAACUUUCUAUAUUUUUUUUCAGUUUCUAAUAAAUGAAAAGAAAGCAGUUUGAGACUAGGACUGUUUAACUGCUCCUCCGUCUGGUUUUAUUUACAAUAGAUAUUUAUAAAUAUGACAUUUUAAAAAUGAUAUUUAUGGGGAAAAAAUUCCCUGCAAUGAGUUUUAAUAAUACCUGUAUGUAAAAAAAAUUGGAUGCAUUCAGAAAUAUGCAUAACAUCUAGGAUUUGAUCCUAGUUAAAAAUGAAAAUAACACACCACGCCAUUUUCUACCUCGAAUAAAUAGAGUACCUUUGAAACAACAAUCCAUUAUGCAAUGUGAACUAUUAUACUUUGUACAAUGAUUUAAAGAGAAAUGAUGUUUAUGACCGUAAGCAAACUUCUUCUUAUGUUAAUGCUUACUUUUUUAAUUCGUUUUCUUGCUGUACUCAGUGCUUGAAUGCCCAGAAGAUGAGCGCCUUAGAAUACCUAAGAUUUUACUCCAUCCUCCUUUUAAUUUUGUUGUCUUUAUAAAAGAUUAAGCAAAAAAACAAACCAAGGGUGAGGAUUUGUAUUUAAGGAGGGUGCAUGAUGGAUGACUGAUAAGGGGCCAGAUCUAACCUCUCAUUAGUGUAAAUUCAUAGCUCCACUGAUUUCAGUGGAAUUAGUCUGGAUUUACACCUGUCUGAGAUCAGCAUCUGGUUCACUGGGUCUGACUCCCCCCACCCCGUGUAACU